AUGUCGAAAAAAACAAUUGUUAAUAAAACAGCUAAUCUUUUACUAAAUAUUCAUGUGCGUCCAAAUGCAAAAACAAACGCUAUACGUGAAAUAAAUUCGAAUAAUGAAAUACGCAUGGAUAUAGCUGCUGAUGCACAAGACGGAAAGGCGAACCAUGAAUUAAUUAGUUAUAUUAAAAGUAUAUUAAAAAUUCCUUCAAAUCAAUUAGAAAUUAUUCAUGGACAUAAACAACGCGAUAAAGUUUUAAGCAUAUCAAUAACAGAUGAUAAUCAAAAUGAUCUUAUUGAACGUCUUAGAAGUGAAAUUCAAUUGAAAUAA